AUGGUUUCCCGGGAAAACAACAAUUGGCUUUUCGAUUACGGCUUAAUCGACGAUAUUUCCCCUCCCAUUUCCACCUUCAUGCCCACCCCUUCCACCGGCUUCACCUGGCCCGCUCACCAGCCAUUCAAUGUUUCCUCCAAUGUCGGUGCUGAAAUUGACGUCUCAUUAGGGGAUUCUGACAGUCUCAAAGAGUCUGGUUCAAAGAAGAGGGGUAGAUCUGAGUCAUGUGCUGCCACUAGCUCCAAGGCAUGUCGGGAGAAGUUGCGUAGAGAUAGGCUUAAUGACAAGUUUAUUGAAUUGGGCUCCAUUUUGGAGCCUGGAAGGCCUGCCAAAACAGACAAGGCUGCUAUCCUGAUUGAUGCUGUCCGAAUGGUGACACAGCUGAAGGGUGAAGCCGAAAAAUUGAAAGAUGCUAAUACGGGUCUUCAAGAAAAGAUUAAAGAAUUGAAGGUUGAGAAGAAUGAACUCCGUGACGAGAAACAGAGGCUCAAAGCAGAGAAAGAGAAGUUGGAGCAGCAGCUGAAAUCUAUGAAUGCACAACCCAGUUUCUUGCCUCCCCCCACUGCACUCCCUGCUGCACUACCUGCUGCAUUUGCUGCACAAGGCCAAGCCCAUGGCAACAAGUUGGUGCCUUUUAUUAGUUAUCCAGGAGUUGCAAUGUGGCAAUUUAUGCCACCUGCUGCAGUGGAUACCUCACAGGAUCAUGUACUUCGUCCUCCAGUUGCCUAA